GCCAGACUCUGACGUAAGAGCUAAUCCUGUUUAAUAGAUUGUUGCGUGUGUAUUUAAGGUGAGAUGAUAGCUAUCAUAAGCGACGUUAGGCACGUAUGUCUAGACCUCUUUUUGAUAUAACAGCUAAUCCUAUUUUUACAAAGUGAACAUUUUAGUUAUAAUGUUGUUAUGUAAUGUAAUAUAUAAUGUUAUAAUAUACUGUGAGAGAUAUUAGGCUUAUUGGCACAUUUCUAGAUUUGUAGAAAUGUAUAUUUCAUAGAUGUGUGUGUGUGAAAAUAGGCAGUGGUGUCUGAGGAGGAUUUAGAGGAUGAGGAGGACGAGGAGAAGCAUUCCGAGACUGAAAAAGCUGAAGGUGAGGACAAUGAGAAGAAGGACAAGAGGAAGGAAGAUGAGGCGAAACGCAGAUUCAGGAGGAUGAGCUUGCACAAAGCAGCGGAGCCUGAGGUUGAAGAAUCAGCGACGUGGAAAAUAAUCGACUCUCAGAAGACAAAACUGCUCAAUUAUUUUGCCAGGAAUUUCUACAACAUGCGAGUGCUGGCGCUGUGUGUGACCUUCGGCAUCAACUUCAUUCUUCUGUUCUACAAGGUUUCUUCUAGUGAAGCUGAAGGCGUGGCCAUGCCGGACCUCGGCGAUGAGAAUGAUGACUCUAAGAGUGUGCGUUUUAUUCUGGGAGAAAGUGGUUAUAUGAAGUCUGUGCUCCACAGUCUGGCUCUGUUACACACUCUUAUCUCCUUCUGCUCCAUCAUCGGCUACUACUGUCUGAAGGCAAGAUUUGCCGCUCCUCGUUUGUGCUGAAAAUGUUCCGAUUACACCUUUAUCUUUCUCGCUGCUUUGAUGUCGUAGACUCGGUUUGUACUCGACGAUUACUGAAUAUUCAAGUGGGCUCCUGGGGCUUUGCAGAGACAGAACACA